AUGGACGGUCUGCAGAUCUUCUGGGCGCACGAGGAGGGGGAGGAGGACAGCGGAGAGGAGGAUGAAGAGGAGGGCGAAGAUCUCGAAACGCAGCUGCUAACGUGCGCUUCGCUUCGCACAGACGCGAGGCAGCCUCCUCCUUUGUGGCUCCCGCCACACGAAGUGCGCGAGGAGACGACCCGCCGCGCUGCAAAGCCCCUCUCCUCUGCUGUCGAGCUCGACGGUACGCUGGCGGCGUCGCGCGAGGCUCUCCCCCGCAGCGGAGCCGCCGCGACUUCUCCUUACUCCAGCGGCCCCAGUGUCCUCCCUGCUGAGCCUCGCGCCUCCAGUCCUCUUCUCGCGUCUGCCUGUUCGCCCUUUCCUCGGCCUCUCCCGCUGCAGUCUCUGUCUGCUCUCCGCUCCCUGCAUUUCUCCAGCCUUCCUUCUCACGCGGCUUCUUCGCCUGUCUCGAAAUAUCCAGCCACGUCGGUAUCGCCCCCUUCUGACCCCGUGCCUGCCUCCACAUCCGCUGCCGCCGAUUCGCGUGCUUCCUUCGUCGACCGCCAGAGCCGCAGCGUCACGCCCUGUUCGUCGGCGACCCGCGCCGACAGCACAGCGGCGCUGUGGCGGUCGAAGGAGACUGAUGCAUCGGCCGUCCCUCCGGGUACGGCCUGUGGUCUUCCAUCGCAUCUUUCUUCGUCUUGGUCUACAGCUGCGGCCUCGUCCGCGCCCUCUGCGUUUCCUCUCUCGGGAUCUUCGAGCUCCUCGCCCAGCGCCUCCCCGAUUCGUUCUUUGUCUUGUGUGACUGGCGUUCCCAGUUGCAGCGGCUCCGCGUCUUCGCCGGCGUCCUCUGCGGGCUCCUCCUCGCCUUUAAAGACUCAGACCCCGUCGCCCUGCAGUCAGUUGUUUUCUCUGCUGGAUGACCUGCUCGAGGGAGGCGUCCUCUGCGAGUUCAAUUCGCCUUCGCCGAAGAAAAGCCCUGGGCUCGGCGGGAGGCUGUCAUCGUCUUUCUCCUCCGAUGCCUCGUCUGCAACUCCGUCACCCGUAAAGGCUCUCGCGACUCCUGCUGUCGCGAGUCCCUCUCGCGCGCCUCAUGCGGCCGCCCCCUGGGCUGCCUCUUCGGGCUCCUCCGCGGCAUCUUGCUCCCUCGCUGCGGCGCCUGUUUCUUCCCGCCCUUUGACUUCGCCUGUUUCGGCAUCCCGCGCCGCACAGACGCCGUCGCGGGGGAGCCAAACCCGCGCGGCAGUUUCUCCGUCCGCCGCCGCUUGUUGCUCGCCUCGGGCUCCACUGUCUGCUUUCGAUUCCGCAGCGACGCCGCCCAUGCUUUCUUCUCCACUCGCGAGUUUGUCUCCCAGCUCGCUGCCGCGUUCCUCUUCAGUUGAUGCUGCCUCACGCGCGUCUGCGGCAGCGAGCCGACAGUCUGACCCCCCUCCUCCGCCCCCCAGCGUUGUUGCGCAAGCAGAGAAGACUGGCGACUUGCACGCUCAGGCAUGCGUGGAUUUCGAGCUGGACGAUCUCGAUGACGUCCUCUCUCAGCCCUCCGCCUGUGCUUCUGUCGUUUCGCUGCAUGCGCGGGCUCCAGGCUCUUCGCCGCACCACGCGACGCCUCGGCCGUCUCCCGCGUCGCGCGCAGAUUGUCUCUCCUCUGCCGCUGCGCAAAACAUCGCAGACGAGUCGACGACGCAGAAAGCGGAUCCUAGCGAUGCAGACGCCGUCGCCGCAUGCCGGGUAGGCGGCGGAGGGUGGUCGGGCGAGGGCGCCCAGUCGCCGUCUCUCCCCCCCGUCGCCAGAGCGGCGGAACUCGCUGUAGACAGAAAGCUGUUCGACUCGAAUCCGCUCGGAGGCAACCCAAGUGGCAGCGCCAGGAGUCUCUGCCUCCCUCAGGCAAGCGGGCACAAGAACUCGGAGGACAUUCCGCGCCGUUUCCUCGCCUUCUUUGACGAUUCGCUGUCCUUCUCUCUCCCCGCCGCACGCGUCAGUCCCUCCGCGCCGUUGCGGAAUCCGCUCACUGCCUGCGAGCCGCAAACACACGGGUCAGUGGAUGCCGGCGAGGGAGACGCGCCGCCGGUGUCUGCCGGAUUCCGCUUCGCGUCAGGGAGGUCGGUGGCGAUUAGCGAGGAGGCGCGUGAGCGGGCGAAACGUCUGCUGCAGUUCGAUAGUGGCCUGACAGGAGCGGCUGCCGCAGAGGGCGCCGUGAAUGGCAUGCAGGAAGCGAGGCAGCCGGUGGAUGCCGGCGAGGGAGACGCGCCGCCGGUGUCUGCCGGAUUCCGCUUCGCGUCAGGGAGGUCGGUGGCGAUUAGCGAGGAGGCGCGUGAGCGGGCGAAACGUCUGCUGCAGUUCGAUAGUGGCCUGACAGGAGCGGCUGCCGCAGAGGGCGCCGUGAAUGGCAUGCAGGAAGCGAGGCAGCCGGUGGAUGCCGGCGAGGGAGACGCGCCGCCGGUGUCUGCCGGAUUCCGCUUCGCGUCAGGGAGGUCGGUGGCGAUUAGCGAGGAGGCGCGUGAGCGGGCGAAACGUCUGCUGCAGUUCGAUAGUGGCCUGACAGGAGCGGCUGCCGCAGAGGGCGCCGUGAAUGGCAUGCAGGAAGCGAGGCAGCCGGUGGAUGCCGGCGAGGGAGACGCGCCGCCGGUGUCUGCCGGAUUCCGCUUCGCGUCAGGGAGGUCGGUGGCGAUUAGCGAGGAGGCGCGUGAGCGGGCGAAACGUCUGCUGCAGUUCGAUAGUGGCCUGACAGGAGCGGCUGCCGCAGAGGGCGCCGUGAAUGGCAUGCAGGAAGCGAGGCAGCCGGUGGAUGCCGGCGAGGGAGACGCGCCGCCGGUGUCUGCCGGAUUCCGCUUCGCGUCAGGGAGGUCGGUGGCGAUUAGCGAGGAGGCGCGUGAGCGGGCGAAACGUCUGCUGCAGUUCGAUAGUGGCCUGACAGGAGCGGCUGCCGCAGAGGGCGCCGUGAAUGGCAUGCAGGAAGCGAGGCAGCCGGUGGAUGCCGGCGAGGGAGACGCGCCGCCGGUGUCUGCCGGAUUCCGCUUCGCGUCAGGGAGGUCGGUGGCGAUUAGCGAGGAGGCGCGUGAGCGGGCGAAACGUCUGCUGCAGUUCGAUAGUGGCCUGACAGGAGCGGCUGCCGCAGAGGGCGCCGUGAAUGGCAUGCAGGAAGCGAGGCAGCCGGUGGAUGCCGGCGAGGGAGACGCGCCGCCGGUGUCUGCCGGAUUCCGCUUCGCGUCAGGGAGGUCGGUGGCGAUUAGCGAGGAGGCGCGUGAGCGGGCGAAACGUCUGCUGCAGUUCGAUAGUGGCCUGACAGGAGCGGCUGCCGCAGAGGGCGCCGUGAAUGGCAUGCAGGAAGCGAGGCAGCCGGUGGAUGCCGGCGAGGGAGACGCGCUGCCGGUGUCUGCCGGAUUCCGCUUCGCGUCAGGGAGGUCGGUGGCGAUUAGCGAGGAGGCGCGUGAGCGGGCGAAACGUCUGCUGCAGUUCGAUAGUGGCCUGACAGGAGCGGCUGCCGCAGAGGGCGCCGUGAAUGGCAUGCAGGAAGCGAGGCAGCCGGUGGAUGCCGGCGAGGGAGACGCGCCGCCGGUGUCUGCCGGAUUCCGCUUCGCGUCAGGGAGGUCGGUGGCGAUUAGCGAGGAGGCGCGUGAGCGGGCGAAACGUCUGCUGCAGUUCGAUAGUGGCCUGACAGGAGCGGCUGCCGCAGAGGGCGCCGUGAAUGGCAUGCAGGAAGCGAGGCAGCCGGUGGAUGCCGGCGAGGGAGACGCGCCGCCGGUGUCUGCCGGAUUCCGCUUCGCGUCAGGGAGGUCGGUGGCGAUUAGCGAGGAGGCGCGUGAGCGGGCGAAACGUCUGCUGCAGUUCGAUAGUGGCCUGACAGGAGCGGCUGCCGCAGAGGGCGCCGUGAAUGGCAUGCAGGAAGCGAGGCAGCCGGUGGAUGCCGGCGAGGGAGACGCGCCGCCGGUGUCUGCCGGAUUCCGCUUCGCGUCAGGGAGGUCGGUGGCGAUUAGCGAGGAGGCGCGUGAGCGGGCGAAACGUCUGCUGCAGUUCGAUAGUGGCCUGACAGGAGCGGCUGCCGCAGAGGGCGCCGUGAAUGGCAUGCAGGAAGCGAGGCAGCCGGUGGAUGCCGGCGAGGGAGACGCGCCGCCGGUGUCUGCCGGAUUCCGCUUCGCGUCAGGGAGGUCGGUGGCGAUUAGCGAGGAGGCGCGUGAGCGGGCGAAACGUCUGCUGCAGUUCGAUAGUGGCCUGACAGGAGCGGCUGCCGCAGAGGGCGCCGUGAAUGGCAUGCAGGAAGCGAGGCAGCCGGUGGAUGCCGGCGAGGGAGACGCGCCGCCGGUGUCUGCCGGAUUCCGCUUCGCGUCAGGGAGGUCGGUGGCGAUUAGCGAGGAGGCGCGUGAGCGGGCGAAACGUCUGCUGCAGUUCGAUAGUGGCCUGACAGGAGCGGCUGCCGCAGAGGGCGCCGUGAAUGGCAUGCAGGAAGCGAGGCAGCCGGUGGAUGCCGGCGAGGGAGACGCGCCGCCGGUGUCUGCCGGAUUCCGCUUCGCGUCAGGGAGGUCGGUGGCGAUUAGCGAGGAGGCGCGUGAGCGGGCGAAACGUCUGCUGCAGUUCGAUAGUGGCCUGACAGGAGCGGCUGCCGCAGAGGGCGCCGUGAAUGGCAUGCAGGAAGCGAGGCAGCCGGUGGAUGCCGGCGAGGGAGACGCGCCGCCGGUGUCUGCCGGAUUCCGCUUCGCGUCAGGGAGGUCGGUGGCGAUUAGCGAGGAGGCGCGUGAGCGGGCGAAACGUCUGCUGCAGUUCGAUAGUGGCCUGACAGGAGCGGCUGCCGCAGAGGGCGCCGUGAAUGGCAUGCAGGAAGCGAGGCAGCCGGUGGAUGCCGGCGAGGGAGACGCGCCGCCGGUGUCUGCCGGAUUCCGCUUCGCGUCAGGGAGGUCGGUGGCGAUUAGCGAGGAGGCGCGUGAGCGGGCGAAACGUCUGCUGCAGUUCGAUAGUAGCGAGGGCGGUGGCGUAGGAGGAAGCGGGCUGGACGGAGGGCAUGCCGCUGGGCAUGCGCGGGAGUUCAAGUGGAUGGGUGCGGGAGAAGUGGUAUCGCAAAUCGACGACAAGUUGGUGGAUGAGCUUGCAUGUUUUUUCGAGUCCCCGAGGCCGGCGCUCUCUUUGGGGGUUGGAGGAGCUGCGGCGGCGGGCGGCGACGAUGCAGGAGCGGAGGUCGCGGGCUGCAGCCGUCGCGACGCGGAGACAAGAGAGCCCGCGUCGGUGGAUUCGCCCCACAACCUGUCUCCUCCUCCCGCAGUGUCUCUGACUGUGCCCUCUGUGGCUAGUUGUCCCUCGCUCCCCGUCGCUGCUUCUUCGGAAGCCUGUCUUGGUUCUUCGGCAGAGCUGGCUACCUCAUCUGACUCUCCGGUCGCAUGCAGGGGUUCGCCAGCGUCGUCGGCGCCUGCAUGCAACAACGAGUCCGUUUCCUGUUCCUCCUCGUCAGCCUCGUCCUCUCCCCCCUCUUAUGUUUCGCCUUCAUCGUCUUGCUUGCAUGCGCCGCCGCCGCGACUCCUGCGCCGGCGCGGUCCGGCCUCGGGCCUGUUGGUGCGCGUCGCGGAGGCGGGAGCCGGCGGGGGCCGCUCGGGCGCGAGCCCGAGAGACAGGAGACAGUUCAAGGCUCCGCGGCGGAACGCGCAGCGGGCGGCUCCUGGCGGCAAGCACGUCGCGCAAGCGAGGCAGAGCGGAGCGGAGGUGGAGAAAGCGCAGGGCGCGAGGCCGGGCGACUCUGCGCCGAAGGCCACUCCGCAGCACGAGCAAGAAGACGAGAACGGAAGUCUCGCGGGCACUGCCAACGAUAUCUGCGUCAGCAAGGGACUCGAGCCAGCGAGCUCUCUUAUGGCCUUCAGCGAGGGACCUAGAAGUUCUCCCUCGGGCCUUUCUUCGCCAGCUGUGCCUUCCUCCUCUUCGCGUUCGCGUCUUCUCUGCGCCGACUCUUCAUUCUGCGAAAAUCGUCUGCUGCUUCGUUGGCUCUGGGGCCAGCACGCGCGAUCCAUCACCGUAGUCGUACCCUGCGCCCUGCGCGCCCUCUUUGCUUCCUCGUCUUUUGUUCCUCUGUCUGCCCUCCGGUCGUCCCUUUCAGGAUCCCGUCCUCCGCACUCCCACACGGCCUCUCUCUCCUCGGCGCCUGCCUCUCCGCGUUCUUCGCUUCUGCCGCGCAAGUCCUCCUCCGGUCUCCGUCGCGGCGUCGCCGAUUUCGCGUUUUUCUUCAUCCAGCAAGGUGGCUGGCUGCUCUGUCUCCCCGAGGCUCUUCGCCGCAGCGUCGACCCCCUGCGGUGCGCUUCGCUGGACGCCUCGCGCGCGUUUGUUGUUUUCUCCUGUGAGGCUCCUGCGCACGCCGCGGGAGCGACGGGUGACGUCCCUGCCGCAGACUCGAGUAAAGCACGCGGCGACGGCGAUGAAGAAGAAGGCCUCCUACGAGUAGCGGGCGCCGACGAGUGCUACUGCAUGGUGCAGACCUACUUGCAGGCGAGCCGGGAGGCAAAGCGCCAGGGCAGCUCUCUACCUUCGCUCCUGUCGGCUGCGCUCGCUCGAGCCGCCCCGUCGUCGCUUUUGGCCUCUCUGUCGCUUCUCCCUAAUUGUGGAGCAGGGGACGCGCGGGCGGCGUCGAGCGAUUCAAAGGCGCAGCAGCGACGAGGCUUGUCUCAAACAGAAAGCGGACGCUUCACACGCGCCUGGGUUCGCCACCACUACGCGCUACUUUCGCUCUACGCCUCGCAGCGCUGGCUCCAACGAUGCGCGCGGGCAAUGGCUGACUCACGCUCGGACCCGGAAGGCGUCGCGCGACAGGCGAGUCGUCCUGCGUCUCCUUCGUCAGUCUUCGCUCCCGGCUCGCCUCCGCCGCGGCCCCCGAGCCCGCUGAGUCUCCUCCGCGCGCUCCUGCGGCGCGUCGACGAGGAGGCGAACGGGCGCAGCUCGAUUCUGCGUCAAGUCUGCGAAGGCGAUCUCUCGCCAGCCACGCCGAUGAUCCUCGAAGUCCUUCAAGUUUCCUUUCCCGGCUCUUCUGUGUCUUCGUGUCGGGCGCCUUUGCCGCCGUCCUCGGCUCCAGACGAAAACUUGGCGCUCCUGGUGUCUGACGGCCGGUACGUCAUUCGGGCUAAAGUCGCGGACUCGUUCCUCGCGUUCUAUCUCGCGCGCGUCUUUCGCGGGCGCGGCAGAGACGCGCGAGGCCUCUUUGCUGCGCAUGCCGGGGAUAGGAAUGGCAGGGCGACGCGCGAGUUUCCACGCCUGAAGUUUCAUCGCAUCUUCGUCCAGGGUGCUUCGCUCGCAGGGCUCUCGGAGCCCUGCUGCCCUCUGGAGCUGCCGGCGUCUGCUUGUCUCGUUCUCCAUGCCUCCACGUGCCGGCCUUUGUUUUCUCCUGCUCGCCGGUAUUUUCCGUUUCUUUCUCUCGCGUGCGUGACCUCCUCCCCUUCUGUACUGUGCCCGCCGUGGCUGAUGUCUCGUGAGCCUCUGUUUCGUGGCGUCUCUGCUUCCGCGCCGGCACUGCUGUCGGCAGCGUCAGCUGCCUCUUCUUCUGCGUCUCUUCUUCUGAACUCUCCCUUCUCUCUGUCGCCCGCCGCGUCCGCGGGCCUCUUGCUCCGCGCAGCUUAUCCGCUCGGUCGCUGGCGCGGGGGGAGAGGCGAGGAAGGAGAAGCGCGUGGCGGACAUGGGGAGCAAGAAGCGCGUCCGAAGCGGAGGCAUGCGGAGGAGGAGGAGCGCGGCGUGCCGCACGCACUGAAGGCGCUUCGGCGAGGAAUGACCGGCGAGGUGUCGGUGGCUGAUGUCGUUAUCCUGCGGAAAGGGCCUCUCCUGUACCGCGUCUGGCGAGACCGAAGACAAGAGAGUUGCUCGGCGCCGGCGCGACCCGAAGCCUCAGGGAAGCGACGCGGGACGGAGGAGAAAGACGCAGAGGACGCGGCAGAUGGCAGCGAAAGCAGUGGAGGGAGAGAAGUCGUGGUGAUGACGGAAUCCGAGUUCUCCGCCUGGAAGCAAAGGCAAGAAGACGUUCUGGGGCGGAGGCGACAGGAAGAGUGGGAGUGCCUCAGAGAGCGCAUCGACGCGCUGAGGAUGAAACUCGACGAGCGCAGACAAAGAAAAAAAGCCCGGUCAGAGGUCUGCGCCGCGCGGCGACGCGAAGAGCAGGCGGGUUUGGUUGGCGGUGUAGCAAACGGGAUCCAGCCAGUCAGAGAGGGCAGUUCCCACAGCGUCGCCUGCGCCGCGGCGCCGGUGUCUCGCAUGAUCAGCAUGGAGUCUGAACGAAGCACGCAAGCUGAGGAACCUGAAGACGACGCGAAGGACGAAGACGAAGAGGAACUGAGAGAUUUGGAGAGGCAAGAACGGCGUCUGGCGGACGCCUGGUCAGCGGAUCGGCAAGGGGUUUUGAAUCAGGGCAAAGCGCAAAUUGAAUUUCUUGUUCUCGACACUCUUUUUCUUCUCAAGCUUUCCGCCCUCGCGCUCCAGUCGAGUUUUUCCGCCCGUGGCUCUCCCUCCCUGGACUCGUCGCCCGCGGCCCCGGGGUCAUCCGCGCCUUCUCCUCCCUCUUCCGUCCUUUCUCUGUCUGCACACGGCGCACAGGGGCCGGCUGUCUCUGCUUCCGCGGCUUCUGUCGAAAAACGCCCUUUGUCCUCGCCGUUUGACGCGGCUUCACUCGUGCCUGCUGCAGUCUCUUCGUAUUUGUCUCCAGAGUCUGCCUCUUCUCGUCCUCAGUCUAGUUCUCCCUUCGGGUCCUCUUCUUCUGCCGCCUUCUCGGCUUUUGAUGGAAGUGCUGCUGCGUCGGCGUCCUUUUCCCCGUGCAUCCCUGUCGAUUCAAGCGCGCCCGCUUUCUUUGUCUCGCAGCGAGACAUCGAGAGUGCCCUCGAGUCCGCGGUGGAGGCCGAAGACGCCACGAAGCAAGACGUGCAAGUUGCAGCGGGUGGCGCCGCCGCGGGGAGAAGCGCGGCGCCUCUCGAGGCCGGAGGGCAAGCAGACUUCGAGGCGAGCCGCGACUCUGCAGACGCUCCUCUGCCGCUCCUAGGGCCUCUCCCGCAGCGCGCCCCUGCUGGCGAAGGCGCAGGUAGCCCGGCGGCUGCGCGGUGCGUCUUUCCGGCGUCAGGCGCGGCGGCCGCGGAGCCUCUCGCGCAACUCUUCCUUCAGAGUCUCGCAGUGCUGACGCUCUACGCCGGCGGAGCCGAAGACGAACAAGAGACGGCGCUGAGGGACCUCGAAGAGGGAGAGAGAGUCAAGCUGUCGAACCUUUCCUGCGCCUCAGGCGCUCAGGCGCGGGGGGGCCUGCAAAGCGCUCGAAGCCCGGGCGACCUCGUGGCUGCCGCCGAAGACGAGGAGAAGCGGUGGCGAGCUACUUGGCUUGGCAACGCGCGGUUUCGGUUGCUGCGGAUGUAUGGAACGAACCGCGUGGCGCCGGGAAGCUCUCGCCCGCUUCCAUUUGCGUUGCCGCUGUCGAUGCUUGCGAACGCCUGCCGAGAGGAGCUUCACUUGCUGCAGCUGUCGCGUGCCUCUAGCGCCUUUAGCGCCUCUAACUCGCUUGCAGCUUCGCCGAUGCAGGCCAGUGGGUGUUCCCCUCUGCGCGCUGCUACUCCGCACUCGCUGCCUCCGCCUUCGGUGCGCGGCUGCUCUCCGGUUUCGAGUCACGCGUCGCUCCUAGAGAGUAGGAAGCAAGCGAGUGCGGAAGACGAAGACAUCGAGGAAGAGAACGGAAAACCAGAAAAGUCUGAAGCGACAGAAGACGCCGGGAACAGGUCCCAGCGAGGGCGCCACGGAGCGUCUCGCACGGGGGUCGCCUCCCCGCAGGUGGUAAAAAACGAAGGUGAAGAAGAGCGAAGAAGGCGUCAACCGGUGAGGCAGACGAGAGGAAGGAAAUCGGCCGUCAGUCAGUCAUCGAGCGGCGACGCAAGCUUGAAGGAUAAUGCUCGGAAGAGAUGCCGAGAGGAAGGCGGACGCGACACAGAGGAGAUGAUUCAGGGUCUCGCCGCGGCGAGCACAGAAGAGAAGAGAGAGGAGGGAAGAGCGAAGGAACAGGAGGACGAAGGAAAGGGCGCGAAGGAACUGAUGAAAACGGCGGCAGGUUCUGCACGUGAUUGUAUCGAAGAAGAAGGAUGCCUCAACAAAGUCGGUUCAAGGCCGUCCUUUGGAAAGGCGGGUGACGCGACGACCGCUUUGAAGACGCCGAAAGAGAACAACGCGAAAAGGGCCCUCUCUUCGCUGGCUCGCCGCUGUCUGGCCUGGACCCCAGCCCCCGUGUGCCUCGGACUGUUUCGUCUUCCUCUCUUCUCACAGGCACACCGGCUCGCGCUUCUACUCAACUCUGAACAAAGUGCCUUCGAGUCUCGGGAGAGAGGCGACGAGGCACUCGCGCGCCAGGCGAAGAGCGUGCGGGAGGCUGGACGGCAAAGGCAGCUGGACGCGUGCGAGGGACAAGACAGCUCAGCGGCGCGAAGGGGAGAAAGGCAAGAGCAAAGUGGAGGAGUCCACUCUGCCGCAAAUGAGCCGCUGGAGCGUGGAGACGGAAUGCCCGCCGAGGGCGAGGCAGCGUCUUGGCGCGCGUGGGUAGCAGUUGGUGGGCGAUGUAUCCCGCCUCUCGAGCCUUCCGGUGUGGUGCCUGGGAUGAUGUACGACCUUGUCGGCGUCCUCAUUCUCCUCGAGGCUCACCAGCCUCCUUCGAUGCCCGCGUCUGCUUCGUUGCUCGCGUCUGGGGGAUCCCGGGGAAGCGCGCUGCUCUCCGGAGUUGUCGCCUUUCUAUGGACUUCUGCAGGCUGCCUGUGCCGAGCGCGCAUCAGGCCAGCGCGUGGUGCCUGGCGCAACGCGCCGGCCCACAGGCUCACUGCCUCUGCGCCCGCUCUGGAGGAGGCUGGGGAGGACGAGGGAAUACGCGAGGGAGGCGGGGAAGGCUGCAGCGUGCUGCUGCGGUACCGGCAGAUUCUUCUGGGCGCAGAUCUUUGCCGAAGGCGAGAGGCGGGGGGAGUCCGCGCAGGGCGCCGCCACGGAGACGCGACCGGCCUCCCCGGCGCGCACACUGAAGAAGACGGCCUCCGGAGGUGGUGGCUGGUUCAGGCGGGAGACAGCGAAGACGAAAGAGAAGCGACCCCCGCAAGCGACGAGAGAAGUCCGUCUGGGCGCUUGUCGUCCUCUGGCGCGCCUUCUUCGGGUCCGCCAGGGUCUGGCGCCGCCGCUGCAAGAGCUCGAGCGCCGAGUGUCUCGGACUCUCUGCGCUGGGCGGUCUUCCAGAAUGUUGAGUUUGAGAGUCAUGACGCCGCUCUCGGCAUCUUCAACUUCUCCGCGUCUGCUCGCCUCCUCCACGUCGCGAGCGGGCCUAUCUCUCUCCCCUUUCUGUCGCGAGCGCCUUUCUCGUCUUCUUCGCCAGCGCACCGCAGCGCGUGGAAAGCAAGCCUCCGCACUGCGGAAGUGCGAGGCCAGCGGCGCGCGGGAGAGUCAGGUGCGCAGGCGGAUGUGGGAGGUCCUACAGCGAAGAAGCCCGAGCGCCGCCCUAGGCAAAACGCGGAAGCGAGCGCACGCAAGCAGGCGGAGAACGACGCCAGCAAGGGCGCGGGAGAGGCAUCCGAAGAUGCGGAAAACGAGCAGGCGAGCAGUCUCUCAGGAGCAACAAAGCGCGAAGAAAGCGCACGAAGACCAGGAACGCAGUCGUGCGGAAACAGAAGCAGACACCUGCAGAAAAACGCGACAUGCGCGACUGAGGCGCCGCGUGAAAAUGCAGAAAAAGGGACUGAGGACGCGGCCGAGCGUCCCGGAGACGGCGGAGACGGAAAAAAGAGAUGCCUUGAGCUCAGCGAAGGCAUAACGACAAAGCAGCACCCGAGUCUCGCGAGGGCGCGGCUGGAUCGCGACUCGCUGCCUCUGUGGUGGAAGGAUGGCGCAUGCUUCUCAGACAAGAGGUUCGCCGAGAAGACCAAAUCGUUCGAAUUCAUUCGAGACGAGAUUCGGGAGUUGCUGUGCACCUUCGGAGACUCAAGACUGAAUCAACCAGGCGAAGGCGGGUACGAAGAAGCGCCAAAGAAACGAAAACUAGCCGAAGCGCGAGACAGAGAGGAAACUGAAGUGUGUGGAGAAACCGAGGGUCAGCGAAAUUCGCUCUCAGGUGCACAGGCGGCCUUUCGCGCUCUUCAGUCGGCACGGGCGAGAGUCGCAGUCGCUGUCGGUGCGGGAAAACAGGCAUUUUUUGUUAGCGAGUUCUAA